AUGGCAGCCAAGUUGGCCCUCUCUUCUCCCACCACAACAUUUCUAGCCUCCUCUAGCCCAGCACUGCUAUAUCCUCCUUCUUUCACUUCCAUUUCACCAAAGAGGAGGGCACACAAUUUCAUGAUUCAUGCAGAAUUGGGUGGUGGAGAUGGAGAAAUAAAAAAGGAAGGGAAGAAAAAGUUUAUAACUAGAGAACAAGAGCCAGAGCAGUACUGGCAAACAGCAGGAGAAAGGGAAGGGGAAAAUCCCAUGAUGACCCCCCUUCCUUACAUCAUCAUAUUUGGCAUGUCCACUCCUUUUGUAAUCUUAGCCAUUGCUUUUGCUAACGGUUGGGUUAAGGUGCCGGUUCGAUGA